GUCGAUUCGAGCGAGCGCGGCGGCGGCGGAAGAGAAGAUGGCGUCUGAGGGGCACUCCGAGUCUCCCAAGGCGGGGGAGCUGCCGUUGCCAGGAUACGGGGCCUGGUCGCCCAACGAGCUACAGGCCAAGCUGGCCGAGAUCGGGGCGCCGACUCAGGGUUGCCGUGAAGAGCUGGUGGAGCGGCUGCAGACAUAUACUCUUCAGACUGGGAUACUGCUUACCAGGCCUGUUCUGCGGGGAGAUGAUGGAGACAACUCAGCCCCGUUGCCAGGACAGGUCCCGGGGAUUCCUUUGCCCCCGCCUCCAAUGGGAAUACCCCCGAUGCAGCCUCCCCCUCCUCCUCCACCUGGCAUGGGCCUCAACUUCCCCAUGGGUGUGGGGCCCCCUCCACCCCCCCCCAGCCUGGGCCCACCUCUCCGCAUGCAGGCCGUGGAUCCUUCCGCAUUGCCUGAGGAAGAGCGGCUGAAGCUGGCUCAGCAGCAGGCCGCCAUGUUGAUCCAGCAGGAAGAGCGAGGCAAGCAGGCUGCUGUCCUAAUGGAACAGGCGCGCCAGCAGGAAAUAUCAAAGCUGGCCCCUUCAGUACCUCGGACAGUUCCGGAUUUGGGACCCAGACCUCAAGGGCACCUGAGAGGCAACUCCUCUGCCAGCUCCCCCAUCGGGACAGCGAGCUCGAGACCCCGUGGCCCCCCACCUCCCCCUGGAGAAGACGGUCGGGAGGUUGAAGAUUCAGGGGUGGGCCCCAAAAUUCCUCAAGCCUUGGAAAAGAUCCUUCAGCUUAAGGAGAUCCGUCAGGAAGAGCUCACGGCUGUGCCCGGUGCCACAGACGAUGACAUGGAGACCGACUUGAGGGCGCUAGCUGGUAUCUCCGCCUCUGAUGCUGAAGAAGAUGCUCUGGCUCUGUCUAAGAAAGAGAAAAACCGCAAGCGGCGGAAUCGGAAGAAAAAGAAGAAGCAAAAUGCCACCCCCAAAAACAACCAAGUUGCCCAGGCUGCCAAGGGGCCCGGGGAAGGAUCGGGAAGCGAUGCCCCAGUGGAAGUAGAGUAUGUCACGGAAGAGCCGGAAAUCUACGACCCCAAUUUCAUUUUCUUCAAACGGAUCUUUGAGGCGUUCAAGCUGACAGACGACGUUAAGAAGGACAAGGAGAAGGAACCAGAGAAGGCCGACAAGGUGGCCAGCUCGGCUGCUCCUAAGAAGAAGGGUUUUGAGGAAGAGCGGAAGGACAGUGACGACAGCUCCGAUGAUGAGCAGGAAAAGAAGGCAGAAGCCCCCAAACUGUCCAAGAAGAAGCUGCGGCGGAUGAACCGUUUUACUGUGGCCGAGCUGAAGCAGCUUGUGGCCCGCCCUGACGUGGUGGAGAUGCACGAUGUGACAGCGCAGGAUCCCAAGCUGCUAGUCCACUUGAAGGCGACCCGCAACUCCGUCCCUGUCCCCCGCCACUGGUGUUUCAAGCGCAAAUACCUCCAAGGCAAGAGAGGCAUCGAGAAGCCACCGUUCGAGCUGCCCGAGUUCAUUAAGCGCACGGGGAUUCAAGAGAUGAGGGAGGCCCUACAGGAAAAGGAGGAACAAAAAACCAUGAAAUCCAAAAUGCGGGAGAAGGUGCGUCCCAAGAUGGGCAAAAUCGACAUAGAUUACCAGAAGCUGCAUGAUGCCUUCUUCAAGUGGCAGACAAAACCAAAACUGACCAUCCACGGUGAUUUGUACUACGAGGGCAAGGAGUUUGAGACGCGGCUGAAGGAGAAGAAGCCGGGGGACCUCUCGGAUGAGCUGCGCAUCGCCCUGGGGAUGCCUGUGGGGCCGAAUGCUCACAAAGUGCCUCCUCCCUGGCUGAUUGCCAUGCAGCGCUACGGUCCACCCCCUUCCUACCCCAACCUGAAAAUCCCUGGCUUGAAUUCUCCAAUCCCAGAGGGAUGCUCAUUUGGGUACCACGCCGGGGGCUGGGGUAAGCCUCCCGUGGACGAGACUGGGAAGCCUCUGUAUGGAGAUGUCUUUGGGACCAAUGCUGGUGAAUUCCAGACCAAGACGGAAGAAGAAGAGAUUGACCGGACACCUUGGGGGGAGCUGGAGCCCUCCGAUGAAGAAUCCUCCGAGGAGGAGGAAGAUGAGGACAGCGAUGAAGAGAAGCCGGACGAGACGGGCUUCAUCACCCCAGCAGAUAGUGGCCUAAUCACACCAGGUGGCUUCUCUUCAGUGCCCGCCGGCAUGGAGACACCAGAGCUCAUUGAGCUGCGUAAGAAGAAGAUCGAGGAAGCCAUGGAUGGCAGUGAGACGCCCCAGCUGUUCACAGUUCUGCCGGAGAAGAGGAUGCCAACGGUUGGGGGUGCCAUGAUGGGAUCGACACACAUCUAUGACAUGGCAACGGUCAUGAGCCGCAAAGGGCCGGUCCCUGAAAUCCAAGGGGUGGAGGUCGCCCUGGCGCCCGAGGAGCUGGAACUCGAUCCCAUGGCCAUGACACAGAAGUACGAAGAGCAUGUGCGGGAGCAACAGGCCCAAGUGGAGAAGGAGGAUUUCAGCGACAUGGUGGCCGAGCACGCAGCCAAACAGAAGCAAAAGAAGCGGAAAGCGCAGCCCCAGGACAGCCGCGUCGGAGCCAAGAAGUACAAGGAAUUCAAGUUCUGAAAGGCCUCGUCCCUUUCCUCUUCGUGUUUUUUAAAACGCCUCUUCCCCCGUCUCCGUCCCUGCCGCCUCCCUAAAAUCUCCCCUCCGUUUUUUGCGUCUUUGUGGUUGGAAUUUGGACGUGGAUUAUUUUGUAAAUAAAGUCAGAGAUUCUGGA